AUGAAGAGAAGCAGAAGCACCAAGAAACAGGCUAAAGGGCGCCAUCAGAAAAUGGAACAGGAGAUCUCUUAUCUGAUGAAGAGGAGCACUGAGGUGGAGAAGCUCUCCCUCUCUGAAGACCACCUCCACCUCCUCCAGAGUGUCCAGUCCCUCAACAUCCACCAUCCACCACCCACCAAGGACUGGUCUCAGGUCAGUGUUCCUCCAGCAUCACAUGAGGGGACUGUGGUGAGAGCUGUGUCUCAGCUGGAGGAGACUUUCAGUAACAAGAGGAAGACGCUGGUUGAAGUUGAGAUGAAGAGGGUCCAGAAGUUUGCAGUGGACGUGACUCUUGAUCCUGAAACAGCUCAUCAUAACCUCAUCCUGUCUGAUGACAGGAAACAAGUGAAACCUGCUAAGGUAAAGCAGCCAGGUCUCCCCGACAAUCCACAGAGGUUCUCUUCUUGUCCUUGUGUUUUAGGAAUACAGAGUUUCUCUUCAGAAAAACUUUAUUACGAGGUUCAAGUUAAACGAAAGUCUGAAUGGUUUUUAGGAGUGGUCAGAGAGUCGGUCAACAGGAAGGGACAAAUCACACUGAGUCCUGAAGGUGGUUACUGGGCUAUAUAUUUGAGAAAUGGAAAUGAGUACGGAGCUGCUGCUGGUCCUCCAGUUCUUCUCUCCCUGAGGUCUCGGCCUCAGAAGGUGGGGGUGUUUGUGGACUAUGAGGAGGGUCUGGUCUCCUUCUAUGACGUAGAAGCUGCAGUUCUCAUCUACUCCUUUACUGGCUGCUCCUUCAAGGAGAAACUCCUCCCAUACUUCAGUCCUGGUCAUUAUCUUGGUGGUAUAAACUCUGCUCCUCUGAUCAUCUCUCCUGUUGGAGUAAACUAAUCACUUCUCUCACGUCCUUCAAGGGAAAAUAUUUAAACUCAACCCUGUGUGGUCUACAUCUUAAUAUCUUCAACACUUCAUCUUCUAACUGUAGGAAUGCACAGAUACAAAAAUAUAUUGAUUAUUAUUUUAUUUGUUCUAUCUGAUGGGCAGCUGCAGAAACAUAUUGCUGAAUAUUGCAUUGUGUCAUAAAGCUCAGCCAUAAAGAGUCAUAAUUAUGUUAUGUUUAUAGUGUCUCCAGAAUAAAGUUUGUGUCAUUGUGAUACUGGACAUGAAAAGUUGAUCAACAAAGUAGAAAAGAUGUCAACGGCGUUUUAUACUUGGUUUAGAAAAGGGGUUUGAUUGAUUAAUGGUUACUUUGGCAAUUUUUGUUUUGUUUUGUGGAAACCGGUGAGUUGGCUCACGAGUGAAAGAAAUCUGUAAUAAAUAUAUGAUUGUAGAA